AUUACCACAAACGGGAGCCUCCGUGAUCUGUUACGUCUUUUCAAAGCUUUUGCCAGAUUCAUAAAAGAAUUUGCCCACUGUCCAUAGGCUCCCUACUGCUGGAAAGGCUGCUCGUUAUUAUUUUGCUUUGUAUGUGGCGUGCCCUGCUAUUUCAGAUCUCCCUGUUUUCUUCCUCCCCUCUGCAGAGAGGAAUUUCUCCGCGCUUUGUAGUGAAAAAUCUGCCGUAAACCGUGACAGAAAGCACAAGCGUGUGAGUUGCAAGAAAGUCCACACGACUUCCCCUGGGAAAACACGAGGGUGCAGCAAAGAAUUAUGAGGGGCAACGUAUGCCGGCCCCCGGGCGCCGGUUGCCCACAGAUCUGCCUCCAGCGGAGGUGACGCCGCCGGCCUCCACGCUGCCGGGCGCUGUGCCCUUCUGCCCUCAAUCCCAGUCUUCCCGUCACGGCCCCUGGCCGCCGGGCCGCCCCGCAGCGCCGCGCCCCGCCCCGCCGCGGCCCCGGCCCCGGGCCCGCUACUUGCCCUGGCUCCUCCCUUCGUCGCUUGGUUGCGGCGGCGCUUCCGUACGUCGGGACCGAUAUGGCGGCAGCGAGCGCCUUCUCCGCCUGUUCUGCGCUGCGCUCGGGCUCGGUGCCGCUGAGGAGGUGGCGAACCCUCUUGUUCCCGGCCGCCUGCAGCACCAGCAGCCCCCCUCGCAGCGCUGCCAGUGAUGAAGCAACCAUUAUCUCAGGGACAAAGCUUGCUGAACAAGUUUUGAAAGAAGUUCAAAGGGAUGUAGAAUCAUGGAUAUCCUUUGGAAACAAGAGACCUCAUCUCACUGUCAUAUUAGUAGGAGACAAUCCAGCUAGUCAUACCUAUGUCAGAAACAAGAUAAAAGCAGCUGCAGCUGUAGGCAUUUCUAGUGAGAUCAUACUGAGGCCAAAAGACAUUUCUCAGGAAGAACUCUUAGAUAUGACGGUAAAACUCAACAAGGAUGCAAGAGUUAGUGGUUUAUUAGUUCAGCUGCCUCUCCCAGAUCACAUAGAUGAGCGAACAGUUUGUAACACUAUCGCACCUGAAAAGGAUGUGGAUGGGUUUCAUAUUAUGAAUAUUGGACGUCUGUGUCUUGAUCAGCCUUCUAUAAUACCUGCCACUGCUGCUGCUGUGUGGGAAAUUAUAAAACGGACAGGAAUACAAACAUUGGGAAAAAAUGUUGUUGUAGCUGGCAGAUCUAAGCAUGUUGGAAUGCCUAUUUCAAUGCUUCUGCAUACUGAUGGAGAGCAUGAGAGGCCUGGAGGAGAUGCUACAGUGACCAUUACUCAUAGACACACACCAAAAGAGCAGCUCAAGAUCCAUACACAACUCGCUGACAUUGUAAUAGUAGCUGCAGGUAUUCCAAAGUUGAUUACAACUGAUAUGGUCAAAGAAGGUGCAGCUGUGAUUGACGUAGGAAUCAACCAUAUCCAUGAUCCUCUUACAGGAAAGACCAAAUUAGUUGGGGAUGUGGACUUUGAAGAAGUGAAGAAGAAGGCUGGCUUUAUCACUCCAGUGCCAGGAGGGGUAGGACCUAUGACUGUCGCAAUGCUUCUGAAGAACACACUCAUAGUUGCUAAAAAGCUCAUUUACUAGAGCAAACAUGCUACCCUGGAAGAAGAAUCCAAGUUGUUCUAUUUAUUGAUACACAAAACAUUUAUUUUUUACUACAAAGAUAUUUAUUUCUACAUUGUAUUUAUUUUUUCAUGUAAAGUAUGCUAAACCUGAUGGCUUAUGAAAUGUAAUACUUAUUGUUACCUCCAACUGACUUAAUAUGAGCAAAAAUUAAUUGAAGAAUACAGCCUAUGCAGAUACCUUGCUGGUGGUCAUUGUAUGCAUGAAAACGAAGAACGAAGCGUGAAUCACAAAUACACCUAUGUAUCUGGGGAUGGGGUGCGAUUACCAAGGUCAUCUAAGCGCUUGGGACCCUCAGCUUUGAUCAAACGGUAUAAAAACUAAGUUUCAACAUGUUACAUAUUUUUUAAAAAAAACUACAGUUUGGGUUCUGAGAUAAUGAAGCACUCAGUGUAGCUUGAAGUCUGGAAAUAUAUAUUUUUCUCCAAACAGUGAUAGCAGCAGAAAUAAUUAAUCUGAAAGGAAUGAAAGACAGAAAUCUUUGUUUCAGCUGCCAGGCAGAAAUGUUGACAUGAAUGCAAAUGUUCCACGUGUGUUUUAAAGUAGUCAAGUCAGCUUGAAUGCUGGUGAAAUUCUGACCUUAAACAUUUACAAGAGGUGUGCAUAAAUAAGUAGCUAGAGCUGAGGCCAGAAUUAUUUUAUUUCCAUGUCUGAAUUUGUUUGACAAAAUGUUUUGGUGCAUAAUACCCUCAUCCCACAAAAAAACCCCACCUUAAUAGGUGACUGUGCUGGAUCGGACUUUAAUUAGGUAGAAUGUAGUUAAAACUACUAUUUAAGUACAUGAUGAAUAAUGGGGGGGAGGGAGGGAAAAGAGAAAGACAAAAGCUAAAGUUUAUCCCUGAUAUAAUAUUUGUGUUGGAAUUUUAAGCCAUUUAAUUAUUCUCCUAUUUUCUGAAACUGCGUGAAGGGGCUUUUUUUAGUCCAUGAUGUAAGGCUCAGUCCUGUGAAUCCUUGGCUACCAUGUUUUGCUUCUUCAAGAGGACUACGUGAGAUAAAAUAAUAAAAUCAGUAUGUUUCUAUUCGCAAAAAUAUUAGUUCCAAGAUGGAUCUAGAAUAUUCUCAUGCAAUGUAAAAGUUGGAGUGAAGUUACUACUAAGAUGCCAGUUGAACUGAGUGUGUGCACUAUUGACAUGAAGAGCCUACCCCAAUUCCUGCUAAAGUCAGUGGGAGCUGCUUUGCACUUUUAUCUUUGUGUUUUUAUCUCAGUCAGAAUAGCUUUGAUUCGUUUUCAUCAAGAGCCUUAAGUAUUUGCCAGUAGACUAUAGAUGAAUUGAAAGGAGAAGGAAACAAAAAAAAUUGUGGCUAAAUACUACUGCCGUUAAACAAAAAAAAAAUGCACUUACUGUAAUAAAUGAAACAAGAUGGA